AUUUAUUGGGCCGGGGCUGGCUCUAUCAUGACUAAACUCAACCUCAAAUCCAGAAAUCGUAACCAGACAUGAAAUCACAAGAGAAUUAGGAAAACCGAGUAACGUUCAAUUUCGGUUCAUAACUGGUUUAGAAAGCAGCUCUGGUAUAGGUCGUUUUAGCUUCCCGACUUCACUUCUAAUCUCAGACUCUGCGACGCUCUUUACAAACCGCCGGAAAACCGCCAUGAACUUUGUCGUCAGACGGGUAGGCUCCAUUUUGCCGUCGAUACGUCACGGCGGCGUUUCCCAGAUUCGACUCGCGAGAACAGAGGCAGGUCAGCCGAGACGGCGAAACAAGUUGCCUUCUCUUCCGCUAAAGAAGAAGGAAGAGAAAUCCGAGUGGUGGAUAGUAGACGGAGAGAUGCACGAGAUCGGUGAUCACGUCCCUCCUCGUGAGCGUUUCACAAUCCCCAGGGACAACAUUCCGAACAAACGCCGUAAGCAGCUCCGUGACCAGUUCAUGCGCCGCACUCGCCUCGUCCUUAAAGAAUCGGAACAUGAGCCAUGGUGCAAAAAGUAUAUGGAACUAUAUAACGAGCUUAGAGAAAACUGGGAGAGGCUUUAUUGGGAUGAAGGGUAUUCAAAGAAACUCGCAAGUGAUCAUGCAAAUUAUGAAUCCGCUGAAGAAGACGAUGAAGAUUUUAAUCCAUACAGGAACAGGCGGUCUUUCAGCGAUCAAACAAAGGAGCAAGGGUUUAAUAGAACUACACAAGGUGAUAAUUGGGAGAAAGUCAGUCAAAUCAGGGAUAAGUUUGAGUAUGAUAGAGAAAGGAGGAUGAGAGAUAAAGCCUUUGCACCAAUGAAUGCAGCACCAGAAUCUCAAGAAUCUAGGGACUUGAAUUGGAAUGCACAAAGACGGCCAUUUGAUCCUGAUAGAUUCGCAAGGGAUUGAAUACCCUUAACAUCACAUGGUAGAGCAGGCGAAGAAUGAGCAGGCUGCUCUGAAGAAAUAGAAUAAUAUAAGUUUGUGUUUAGUUUUUACUUUAUGCAGUGAAUAUACUUUCAUGUAAGCAAAUUGCGUGCUGCAGAUUUUUCCAAGUUUUACUGUAUUAGUUUAUAUAGAGAGGCGCCGUAUUGCUCUCUCCACCCAACGACACCAAAAUAAACGAAAUGUGAGGUUAACCCACAAAGUCCGAUGCAACUAGAUGCUAGGAAAAGGCUGCAGAACCAUAUGCGUAUAGAAACUGAGAAUGUUUUGUAUGUGUAAGUGCGAAACAACAAGUCAAGUGAAAUAUUAGCUGCAUAUGAAGAUACAAGCUGAUGCAGCGCACCUUUAGUAG